AUGUCGUUUUCAGUUAAUUCCUCCCCAACCGCGUUAAUUUCAGGUCUUCUUGCAAAGACGAACUCUGCCGAUCAAGCAGCUUUUAUGAACCUGUCCUGUGUCAACUUCCCGAAGCACCUCGAGCCUGAAAAAAGCCCCGAAGAAGUUGCUUUGGCUAUAUUUCAGACCAAUGCUGUUGCGGCUGGAAAUGGUGUUGGAAUUUUUCCGAGGAUGGCCCGCCUAAAUCAUGGAUGUUCAAGUGCAUUCAACGUUGUUUACUCCUGGAGAGAAAAGGAAGGCGUGCUCGUGGUCUACGCCUUGAAAUCCAUACGCAAGGGAGAGGAACUACUGACUACCUAUACGGAGUUGAGACGGCCGAGAGAACAGCGUCGAGCAUAUCUCACGGAGCACUAUGGUUUCUAUUGUACCUGCAGUGCUUGCUCAAUUCCAGAGGAGCAGUCUCGCGCCUCUGACAUUCGGUUAGCCACGAUAUCCGAAGAAUAUGGUCGCUUCGCAACCUGGGGCAAUCACGAAAUCAGUGGGAAAGAAGCGAUCGAUCACAUCAGGAAGAUAUGGGCACUCGAAGAUGAAGAGGGGUAUUGGAGCGAGCGAGGGCGUCUCGCAGCCGACGCCGCUUGGAUCGCCGCAGCCCAUUCAGAGUGA